AUGAAUGCAAGCAUUCUUACCAAGGCAGCGGCCCCGAGCCGUCUGCUGUCCAGCCGUAUUUCCAGGCCGUCCAGGCUCAAGGAUUCUGUCUGCAAACGCGUCCAAAUCCACACCGUCACUUGUACCGUCAGACCCACGAAGCCUCUAGCUUCCCGGGUGACAUCUCAAACUCCCUCGUCCAAACGUGCAUUCCAUGCGACAUCUACCAACCUCGCCCCGAGCGACCCCUACAAGACCUUGGGUGUCGACAAAUCGUCAUCCGCGGGUGAUAUCAAGAAGGCAUACUAUGGCCUGGCGAAGAAAUACCAUCCCGACACGAACAAAGACGCCGGAGCGAAGGAGAAGUUUGGCGAGAUCCAGAGCGCAUACGAGAUACUGUCCGACCCGAAGAAGAAGCAGCAAUUCGACCAGUACGGCGCUGCUGGCUUCGACCCCAGCGGCGCACCUGGCGGCGAUCCCUUUGGAGGAGCUGGAAACCCAUUCGGCGGCGGGUUCGGAGGGCAAGGAGGCUUCGGCGGCGGCGGCGGCUUCAACUUUGAUGACAUCUUCUCUGCAUUCACAGGCGGCCAAGGAUCCCCGUUCGGACGCCGCGGCGGACGGAACCCCUUCCAGCAGGAAAUCCUGGUGGGCGAUAACAUCGAGGUGCAAUCGAGCAUAUCAUUCAUGGAGGCGGCCAAAGGAACGAGCAAGACGAUCACGGUGACGCCCCUGACGGAGUGCGGAACUUGUACGGGCAGUGGACUCAAGCAGGGCACCAAGAGGUCAGAGUGCAAGUCCUGCAACGGAACGGGAACGCGGGUGCACUUCAUGAAUGGCGGAUUCCAGAUGGCGUCGACUUGCGGAAGCUGUGGAGGAACGGGCACGACCAUUCCUCGGGGAUCGGAGUGCAGGUCUUGCGCAGGUAACGGUGUUGUAAGGGAGCGGAAGACAAUCACCGUCGACAUCCCCGCCGGUAUCGAAGACGGAAUGAGGCUGCGCGUUGACGGUGCAGGCGAUGCCCCCGUCACCGGCAAGAACGCCGACGCCAACAUGCGGACGCAGAAGGGCGACCUCUACGUCUUUGUGCGCGUCGCGACGGACCCCAAGUUCCGUCGGGCGGGCUCCGACAUUCUGUACACGGCCAGCAUCCCCAUUACGACGGCGAUGCUCGGAGGAGAGGUUACGGUGCCGACCCUCGACGGGCAAGUCAACGUCAAGGUGGCUACCGGCACCAACACGGGCGACAAGCUGACGCUGUCGGGCAUGGGCAUGAAGAAGCUGAACGGUAGGAGGGGAGGCUCCGGCGACCUCAAAGUGGAGUUCCGAGUCAACAUGCCCAAGUACCUGAGCGCGAACCAGCGUACCCUGGUGGAGAUGCUGGCGAACGAGAUGGGAGACAAGACGGCGCGGAAGAUUAUGAACGUCACUCCCCAGGGAACACAGCCAGCUUCGCCGGAUGACUCCGAGACCCAUAAAAACGAGGGCUUCCUCAAAUCCAUGUGGCACACGCUGACGAACCACCCGGCUCACCAGAAGCCUGGUCAGGCCGACGGGGCUGACAAGUCGACGACGACGGAUAGAAAGACUGACGAGAAGAAGGACGAGUCCAAGAAAGACCCUGGCUCCGGCUCAUCUUGA